GUCAAAGCCCGCUGGGUGUUUGUGCUGUGCGUCUCCCUGAAGAGCGACAAGCCACCAGCGCGGGGAAACUGCUAACUAUCCUUUAAAAUGAACCUGUUAUUGAUUAAAAGUGGUUUUCAGCGUUUGGACAAAUAGCCGGCGGUUCGUUUGAAGAGCAGAGACAGGUUUCUGUAACGGAAGUGCAGAGGAAUGCUCGGGAAAGACAGAUCCCGGUCUUACCAAGAGUUCAAUGAUGAGGAGGAGGAUGAUGAUGAUGAAGGUAACGCUCAGUCUCCAGGCUUCUUCGACGAUGCCACUGAUGAGCUGGAGCGCGAGGAGCCGAACUGCAGCGUCUCACAAGAGGAUGACAGCAGGUCCAGCGGGGCCCCGAGGAGGUUCAGUAAAAGCUGCCUGAAGAAUUUCUUCACGGUGGUGCUCAUCUUCAUCUACCUCCUGCUGACCGGGGUGGCGGUGUUCCUCGCCUACCAGACCAUCUCGGACUUUCUGGAGAAACUAAACCACCCUGUGAUGUCCGUCACCUACAAAGAGGUCGACUCGUUUUCACCCCCAGGCAUCGCUCUGUACCCCGGCAAAGCUCGGCUGCUGAGCUGCAGACAUCACUUCCACGACUACAUCCCGCCGUUAGUGGACCCGGGAAAGCCUCAAGAAGGAGACUGCGUGAUUAAAGACGUGACGUACUUCGGACCGUUUUCCAAUUUAACCGAGGUCAGCCGUGCGAACAUUCAGCUGAGGAGAGCUGUGGUGGUCCGCGGCCCGUCUGACGUCAGAAGAAAGGAGCUGAUCUUCAUGCAGUUCAGUCAUAAUGAAACUGAGGAGGACUUCAGCGCCAUCACGUACAUGCUUUUUGCCAAGUUUAGUGACCUGACUGAGAGUGCAAAUAAAUCUGACUUCAUGAGGGACUGUGAGAGGAAUUACUCCACGUGGACUUUCUCUGGAGGAUUCAGAACCUGGGUCAAGAUGUCUCUAGUGAGGACGUCCGGCAAAAACGAUGACUCUGUCGAGUUUCGGCAAGAGUCCGCUGUGGUGAAAUUCAACGACAAAAGAUCCGAGGAGGAGCAAACCAAUCAGCUGUUCUUCGCCGUCUUUGAAUGGCGGGAUCCUUUUAUACAAGAGAUCCGACUGAUCGUGACUGCAAAUCCCUGGAACUCCAUCGCCAUCCUCUGCGGCGUCUUCAUGGCUCUCUUCAAGGCCGCCAACUUUGCCAAACUCACGAUUCAGUGGAUAAUCAAGAUGCGUAAGAGGCAUCUGAGGAAUAAAGCUCGGGAACUGAACCAAAUAAACUGAACUGCUCUGCAGAGAAGCACCGAUGACACAAUCUGUGAAGACCCAAAUUUUCCAAGUCAGUUUUAUUUUUACACAAUCGUGUUUUUUCAGUCACUGCUAAUUUUGGUUUUAUCAACACUGUGGAACAUUUAUCCAUAACAUUGUACAGAUAAUAAAAUAACACCUUUGCACACUAAUUACUAAUAAUUAAUAAUGAAUCAUUUCCAAAAACCAGUUUGACAAGAAUUCAGUGAACUUUUAGCUGUUGCAUUUCAAAAUAAGAGAUAUUUUAUAAAUGUUUUAUUCUCAUGUAAAAGACAUUGUAGCUGAAAGCUGUUAGUGAUGGUUUGAGGGUUUUAAAAAGGAUGUUUAAAGGUGUUAAAGUGAGAAAAUGUGAACUUUGGUCCAAAUGUUGCUGGAUUUUAUCAUCUUAUUCUAAAGGGAAUAUUGUAUUUUAUGUUUGCGUCCUCCUUUUUACAAAUGAUUAUAAUCAUAUCGAUAACUCUAAAUGGAUUAUUGUGAACUACUUUUCCUCCGUUGGGUUGAUCUACUGUUUUAUUUUCUAUGGCUGAACUUUGUUUUUGUCUAUUGUUGUGAUUUAAACAUAGAUACAUAAUGUGUGUUUAUUGUUCAGAUUUACUUGAAUUAAUGUCGUAAUGUCUGGUUCAAUAUUGUGUUUUAAUCGCUAUGUUUUGGCAAAAUAAAAAUAUAUUUUUCUGCCUAAA